GAGAAGCAGCUGGAGCGGCAGCAGAGUCAGCGAGGAGCUCACAGCACUUUAACACCACGAAAAGGGAAGCAUGGAUUACCGUCGGAUAAAGCGAAUUUUAUUUGUCAACGUAUUUAUAAACUGCAUAUUCGUUUCUCUUCAAAAUAAAGAAGAGGUGCUGUUGGACAUGGUGGCGUCCGGAGGGGAGUUGGGUUGGCUGACCUGGCCUGAUGAGCAAGGGUGGGAGAUUGCUCAGCAGGCUUUGAAUGGCUCUUUGCUCUAUAACUACUUCAUCUGCAACGUGGGGGCAGGAGAACAGGACAACUGGCUACGGACCACGUUCAUACAGCGCCACCCGACUGCCACUCGGGUUUUUGUGGAGAUGCGAUUUGUCGUGCGCGACUGCAACAGCUUUGGUGCGGACUCGCUCACCUGCAAGGAGACUUUCAACCUGCACACUUCUGAAGCUGAUGCUGAUAUUGGCACCAGCUUCCGCAAAGGCCAGUUCCGCAAGGUGGCCACCAUCGCGCCAGAUGAAAUCUCUGGCGUCGGAGACAUGAAGAUGAACACAGAGACUCGGGUGGUGGACAAUCUGUCCCGGAAGGGCUUUUACCUGGCCUUUCAGGACAUUGGGGCCUGUGUGGCUAUUUACUCAGUCAGGGUGUACUAUAAAACGUGCCCAGCCACGGUGAAGAGCUUGGCAGCGUUCCCUGAGACAGUGGCAGGAGGCGAGAACCAGGCCCUGCGGGAGGUGGCUGGGGCUUGUGUGGAAAACGCUGUGAGUGAGGACCAACCGCGCAUUUACUGCACUGUGGAUGGUGAAUGGGUGGUGCCAGUGGGCCAGUGCCAGUGCCGUUCGGGAUAUGAAGCUAAGAAUGAUUCGUGCCAAGAGUGUGAGCCAGGCUUCUUCAAAGCCUCAGUGUCCAACGAAGCCUGUGAGCGCUGCCCGAAGAACACUGAACCAUCCAGCCCUGGUGCUCUGAGCUGUCCCUGCCUCCAGGAUUUCUACCGGGCUCCAAAUGACCCCCUGACAGCUGCCUGCUCAGGUUUGCCCUCAGCUCCCGAAAACCUGGCUGCCACCACAGCCCAGAUGGCCGUAGGGAAACUGCAGCUGUCCUGGAGCCCCCCAGCUGACACAGGAGGGCGCACCGACAUCACCUACAAUGUGGUGUGUGAUCGCUGUGAGGGAAGUGUGUGUCAGCCCUGUGGAGAGAAGGUGCGCUAUGACCCCAGCAACAUUGACUUGAAAGAGACCAGUGUCAUCAUUAGUGAGCUGGAGCCGCAUCUGAACUACAGCUUCACUGUGGAGGCUCGCAAUGGGGUUUCCCAGCUCAGCCCUCAGAGAGCCACCAGCACCAUCAGCACUGCACUGCACUACACAGACCCUCCAAAAGUGACUGCAAUGCACCUGGUUGAGAGCAGCCCUACAAGUCUGUCGCUGUCCUGGUCAGUGUCUCGCUGGGCCAAGCCCAGCUCCACCCGCUACGAGCUUAUGUAUCGCAAAAAGGAGAAAGACGAGGAGAAGAACAAAGUCACCACCUACACGGUGCUGGUCCUGGAGAAGAACGCUGUGCAGAUCUUUGAUCUGUCUCCCUCUACAGUCUAUCUGUUUAAAGUCCAGGCCCUCAGCCCUGAAGGCAACCCAGGCAGCUACAGCAUGGAACAGGAGUUUUCAACCCCAGCAGAAGUUCCUCCAAACCAGGGGAACACAGCUGUGAUCCUUGGAGCUGCGGUGGGAGGAGGGGUCAUGCUGUUCAUCGUGGUGGUGGUCCUGCUGCUGCGCAGACGCCGAAAAAACUCUCACACAAGGCAAGGACCGGAGGACGCCUACUUCUCCAGCCCAGAGCAACUGAAGCCUUUGAAGACCUACGUUGAUCCUCACACAUAUGAAGACCCCAACACGGCUGUGCUUAAGUUUGCCAGCGAGAUUCAUCCGACCCACGUCAGCAAGCAGAAAGUGAUUGGAGUAGGUGAGUUUGGAGAGGUUUAUCGAGGCAUCCUGAAGGUUCCUGGGCGGAAGGAGGCAGCGGUGGCCGUUAAAACGCUGAAGCCAGGCUACACUGAGAAGCAAAGGCAGGACUUCCUGAGUGAGGCCAGCAUCAUGGGCCAAUUCUGCCAUCAAAAUAUUAUUCGUCUGGAGGGAGUGGUUACCAAAUUCAAGCAUGUCAUGAUUGUCACUGAGUACAUGGAGAAUGGUGCACUGGACAAAUAUCUAAGGGAUCACGAUGGGGAAAUGUCCUCAUUCCAGCUGGUCGGCAUGCUCCGUGGCAUUGCAGGUGGCAUGAAGUACCUCUCAGACAUGAGCUACGUACAUCGAGACCUGGCUGCCCGCAACAUCCUGGUCAACUCCAAGCUGGAGUGCAAAGUCUCCGACUUUGGCCUGUCCCGAGUUCUGGAGGACGACCCUGAGGGCACCUACACCACCAGUGGAGGCAAAAUUCCCAUCCGCUGGACCGCUCCAGAGGCCAUUGCUUAUAGGAAGUUUACCUCAGCCAGUGAUGUGUGGAGCUUUGGCAUAGUCAUGUGGGAGGUGAUGGCCUUCGGGGAGAGACCCUACUGGGACAUGAGCAACCACGAGGUGAUGAAAGCCAUUAAUGAGGCUUUCCGGCUCCCUGCUCCAAUGGACUGCCCCUCUGCUGUGUACCAGCUCAUGCUCCAGUGCUGGCUGCAGGACCGCUCCAAACGGCCCCGCUUCCAGGACAUCGUAAGCUUGCUGGACAAACUCCUCAAAAGCCCUGACUCCCUCAAGGCCAUUGCAGACUUUGACCCUCGUGUUUCCAUUCGGCUUCCCAGCACCAGCGGCUCUGACGGCUCUCCCUUCAGGUCCGUGUCUGAAUGGCUGGAGUCUAUCAAGAUGAGUCAGUACAGCGAAAACUUCAGCAUGGCGGGCAUCGUCGGCAUGGAACAAGUGCUGCAGAUGAAGAGCGAGGAUAUCCGAAACAUUGGAGUCCGUCUGCCGGGGCACCUGAAGAGGAUCGCCUACAGCAUCUUGGGACUUAAGGACCAAACCAGCACCCUGAGUGUAUUCGCAGUGUGAAAUACUCCCAGAGAGUCUGGAGCUCGCUCCAGGGGAACCAGGAACCCUCUGUGGACUGAACUCUAAGCUGCGCUGGGCUUGGGCUGCAGGGACGGCCUUUGACCUGGGCAUCACCCUCCAGCCUAUCAAGACGGACUCUCACAGCAGUGGAGACUUGUAGCAGAUUUGAUAUGCUUAUCAAAACGGAGGGCGAAGGGAUGCAAAAACUAGCAAAAAGCUAAAGAUGUAUCAGACCAACCUUGUACAUUAGAAAUAUUAUAUUUUUACAACACAAUCUUUUCUUUCUUUUUCAGAAAAAAGUAAAGUUAUGUUUCUUACAUUAUUUCUUCUGUUUUUGUUUAGUUUCAUGUGCAUGCUUACGUUGCCAGCAAAUGAACAAACAUAUCAGGCAUUCUGCUCUGUUGUGAUCCUGUAGCAAAACUAUAUGGAUAGAGGUGUAGUGUGGUAGUCAGCAUUGCCAGGUCUCAAUCAGAAUGGCCCUUUACUCCACUGAUCUUGCCUUGCGCAAUAGCACCAUCUUUGUUUUGUGCUUUGGGGAAAGAGCACAUGACUACUUGCUUGACUUGCUGAUAAGAGAGUCAUUUAUCUGAUGGUCUUCUGUAGCAGAGAGUGGGAUAAUGGUUGUAGGUCAGUUUAUGAGAAUGGCUAAUGUACUCCAGAACAUAAAAGGCUCUAAAGCCCUCAGGGUCCUGCCGUGGCUUGAGCUGGCCGGUGUUCUGUCUGCUAUAAGCAAGUUUGACAUUGCCAUUAAGCUGUUAGCGCUACGAGUUUCGAAGUCUUUCUAAAAUACUAUGGUCUGAAAGAAAUGGCGAGGGUAGGCACUCUGAACCUUCAGUUUUCAGCAAGCAUGAGGAGCAGGGACACCACGGCAAAAAUAGCACUUAAAUAAGAAAUUUCGGAGGACUUGACUGGCUUUAAAUGCUGGGCUUUUCUCUGUCCCAUCUUUCAUUCUUUAUCAUUAUGGAGUAUUAUGGUAAUGUGACAUUCAGAACCGAGCCAAAAUGACAAAAUGGAAAUGGGUAAAGAACCAAAAAUGUUACAAAAGGUUAUAAUUUGAUGUGCAUAACUGCAGAAUCAUGUCAGGUUGAAUCAGAUGAAAAUAUAUAAUUCUGCAGUGUGAUGCCAGCGUUUGUGAUGUGAGGGCCAAAUGACAAUCCAAACAAGCAGAAGGAAACUAUUGCAGAAAUCUACAAGCAGUUGUAAAGGCUGAGAUGAAAGACUAAAUCGUGUUAUUGAUUUUGUACCAGCACAUCUCUGUUUACUAGCAUGAUAAUGAUGAUGCAGAUUCUCUAGAUUACUUUGGCAGGCUUAUUUUGUGCUUUGUGAAAGCAGCCGUUAUGGGAUGAAAUGCUGUACUCUGCAUUGACUUUUUUCCACACUGUCAAAUUUUUAGUCUUAUUUGGGGAAAAUUCCACUUUUCUUUCCUUUGUCACAGGAUUGUAAUAGAGAAUGUGCGGCCUUGUAGUGCCUUACUGAGGAUUUCUCUCACCAUUUAAUUUGUAGAUGUUAAAUGCAAACAGCUUUGCUGAUGAUGAUAUUUAGUUUUUGUUUGCCACUGAUCUAAUGUAUUCUCCCUCUAUGAUACUGUAAGUGUGGUAUCUGAUUUCUCAAUGGUGACCUCACUGUGUGGUCAUGAUGUGGCAAGAUACCCACACAGAAAAAGGAAAUAUUAUUGCAGUUUUGAUCUCCUUUCUUGAAUUGAGUUAUAGUUCUUAUUUUUUUUCCAUGUUUGAAAUUGCCCUGUCUUGCCUACUUUACCCAUAUGUUGAGAUUUGACAAGGAAAAAAAAAACAGUUAAAAUAUACAUCACACAUUGGCAUAUUCUCGCUUAAAAGUCAGAUUUGCCCAAUUGUUUUGUACCUUAUUUAAUAGUCUAUUU